UUGUAUGCCGUACCCUACCAUCCAGCACCCAAACGUUACCCAUCAUACAAGCAUGCUGUGACUGCAGUUACAUUUUAGAUGCCUGUUUUCACCAUACAAUGUCCACGUGUUGGUAGUUACUUCAUAUAACUUCAGAUACUUAACUGAUUUAUAUACGCGGACUCUCGGAUUGGGUUUUGGGCACGGAAAUGGCAACAAACAGUAAACGAUUCAAGCUAGAUGAUGGAUCAGAGGAUGCCUCCUCUUUGCAAAACUUCCUACAGUGGUGCGACAGAGUGGGCCUUAAACUCAACCACAACAAGGUGUAUGUGAGUAGAAAGGGAACACAAGCAGACUACGGCAUGCUGGCUAAGGAGGAUAUAGAGGAAGGGGAAGUUCUGUUUAUAAUUCCAAGGUCGGUUCUGCUACAUCAUGGAACAUCCAAGGUCUCUGCAGUACUCGAACAAGGCAAGGAGCUGCUGGAGAGCUCGUCGGGAUGGGUGCCACUACUUAUGGCCCUGCUGUACGAGUACACCAGCCCAGAGUCGCCCUGGGCUCCCUACCUGUCACUCUGGACCGACUUCAGCCGCCUGGACCAGCCCUUGUUCUGGUCCAAAGAGGAGCGGGGAACCCUCCUCAGGGGCACGGGCAUCCCGGAAGCUGUGGAGCGGGACCUGGCCAACAUCCAGAAGGAGUACAGCACUGUGGUCCUCCCCUUCAUCGCCCAACACACCGACCUGUGGAACCCCAGCAUACACACGCUGCAGCUAUACACACGCCUGGUAGCCUUCAUCAUGGCCUACAGUAAUUGUAUUAUUUUGCUGGGUAGUUUCCAAGAGCCAUUGGAGGAAGAAGAAGAAAAAGAAGGGUCGGAUGACGAUGAGGAAGAGGAGGAAAAGGCCUCCAACCUACCAAUGAUGGUCCCCAUGGCCGACAUGCUCAACCACGUGUCCAAUCACAAUGCCCAUCUUGAGUACACGCCGGAGUUUUUGAAGAUGAUUUGUGUGCGUCCCAUUCGCAAAGGUCAGGAAGUUUUCAACACCUAUGGCCAGAUGGCCAACUGGCAGCUUCUACACAUGUACGGCUUCACUGAGCCAUACCCUAGUAACUGCAAUGAAACUGCUGACAUCCCUAUGGCCAACCUCUACAAAGUUGCAGCGCAAGGCGUUCAGUCUGACCUCGACAGACAGCUGGUAGAGGAGAAGAGAGCAUUGAUUCUGAAGAUGGGAGAGAAGGCGGCCUUCAUCUUUGGCAAGCAGGGCUGUCUCACAGACAUGGAGCUCCACACCACACUUAAGGUUCUUUGCAUGUCAAGGGAGGAGUUCCAAGAGUUUAGAGAGAACGAGGGAUGGGAGGAGGAUGAAGAGGCAGAUGACGAGAAGGUUUCAUUGGCUUUCUCCAACGAGGGGCUGCCUGGCCUUCCGGCUCCAUGGAAGUGGUUGAUCCACGCCGCAGCCCGUUUGACUUUGGACAGCUAUGGAUCAGCUGAGGGAGGGUGCUUAGACAGGGACCGUGUUCUAAUUGAGGACAAGGUGCAGCUUCAAGGACUCAACCCCAGGCAGCUGAGGGCACUUCAGGUGCGUCACGGUCAGAAGAGCAUUUUGGACAGAGUGCUGGCACUGACCCAGUCAUGCACAUCUCACAAUUGAACAUUGAUGCAAUAGUACUUUCAAGGUACUCCUGUGAGGGCAAAUUCUGUAUUUUUUGUUUGCGUUUUAUUAAAUGAUUCAAAGUAUGAACCUGUGACUAAAGUCGAUAUAUAAAUCUGAUAUUAGCUUCAUUGUAUCAGCACCAUUGGGAUUUGUAAUAACAGAAAGAUUCACUUUU